CACAGGAAGUGUGUGUGUUUUAUCACACAGCGCUGUUAAAUCAGUCUAUUAAUGUGUCAGUAUGGGCUCCAGUGCACUGCCGCUCAUCUUGCUGAUGUCCCUCGUUCACUCUGGACUCAGUCAAGUGAAACCUGUAGUGACGGUGAAGCCAGAUCAGCCUGUGUUCAUAGGAGAGACAGUCACUCUCACAUGUGUCAUACAGGGAGGAGGAAACAAUCAUUGGACAUACAGAUGGAUUAAAGAUGGAAACGAUGUCUGUGCAUGUAUAACAACAACAGCAGAUUACAGUUUCACAGCUGAUGCGUCUCGCAGGGGUAAAUACAGUUGUAGAGGAGAGAGAUCACACUCACACACACAGACCAGUGAUGGAGUUACACUGACUGUAUCAGAUAAGCCGACUCUGACUGUAAAGCCCCAGAGUUCAGUGUUCACUGGAGACACAGUUACUCUCAGCUGUGACGUGGGAAGAUCAACUGGAUGGACGUUUCUCUGGACGAAAGACUCAAACUGUGAAUCCAGUGAUUAUACAAGAACUAAAACUAUCAGUUCUGUGAGAGUCUCUGAUGGAGGAACAUACUGGUGUAGAGCACAGCGAAGAAACUACAAUACAGGGUACAGUAAUGGAAUACAGAUAACAGUGAGAGAGAGACCCAAACCUGUAGUAAAGGUGAAGCCUGAUGUCCGUGUGUUCAGAGGAGAGAGAGUCACUCUCACAUGUGACCUACAGGAGACAGGAGUCUGGACGUACAGCUGGUAUAAAGAUCAAGAUAACAGCAGAAGAACAGACCAGAUCUAUCACAGCGCAGGACAACACCAGAUCUAUAUAAUCACAUCUGUGGAUUCGUCUGAUGCUGGUCUGUACAGAUGUAGAGGAACUCAGACUGAAACCCAACAGCACUCAGAGAUCAGUGAUGGAGUUACACUGACAGUAUCAGAUUUACCCACAUCUACAGUGACUGUGACACCAGACAGUCCUGUCUUCACUGGAGAAACAGUCAAUCUGAAGUGUGUGAUAAACUCUGAUCACAGUGACUGGAGAUAUGAGUGGUAUAAAGGCAGUGUAAAGUUACAGACGUCAGAUUAUCGUUACACUGUAAACAGAGACACUGUCACUAUCAGAAGAGCUACUGAGUCUGAUCAGGGUCAGUACUGGUGUAAAGGACAGAGAGAUGGAAGACCAAACUCAUCAACAUCAAGCUCUGCUGUUUCUCUCUCUGUGAAGGAUUUACCCACAUCUACAGUGACUGUGACACCAGCCGGUCCUGUCUUCACUGGAGAAUCAGUCAAUCUGAAGUGUGUGAUAAACUCUGAUCACAGUAACUGGAGAUAUGAGUGGUAUAAAGACAGUGUAAAGUUACAGACGUCAGAUUAUCGUUACACUGUAAACAGAGACACUGUCACUAUCAGAAGAGCUACUGAGUCUGAUCAGGGUCAGUACUGGUGUAAAGGACAGAGAGAUGGAAGACCAAACUCAUCAACAUCAAGCUCUGCUGUUUCUCUCUCUGUGAAGGAUAAACCGACUCUGACUGUAAAGCCCCAGAGUUCAGUGUUCACUGGAGACACGGUUACUCUCAGCUGUGACGUGGGAAGAUCAACUGGAUGGACGUUUCACUGGAGGAAAGACUCACACUGGGAAUCCGGUGAUUAUACAGCAACUAAAACUAUCAGUUCUGUGAGAGUCUCUGAUGGAGGAACAUACGGGUGUAUAGCAGAGCGAGGAAACUCCUAUACAGACUUCAGUAAUGCAAUACAGAUAACAGUGAGAGAGAGACCCAAACCUGUAGUGAAGGUGAAGCCUGAUGUCCGUGUGUUCAGAGGAGAGAGAGUCACUCUCACAUGUGACAUACAGGAGACAGGAGUCUGGAGGUACAGCUGGUAUAAAGAUCAAGAUAACAGCAGAAGAACAGACCAGAUCUAUAUAAUCACAUCUGUGGAUUCGUCUCAUGCUGGUCUGUACAGUUGUAGAGGAACUCAGACUGAAACCCCACAGCACUCAGAGAUCAGUGAUGGAGUUACACUGACAGUAUCAGAUAAACCGACUCUGACUGUAAAGCCCCAGAGUUCAGUGUUCACUGGAGACACAGUUACUCUCAGCUGUGACGUGGGAAGAUCAACUGGAUGGACGUUUCACUGGUGGAAAAACUCAAACUGGGAAUCCAGUGAUGAUGCAGGAACUAAAACUAUCAGUUCUCUGAGAGUCUCUGAUGGAGGAACAUACGAGUGUAGAGCAGAGCGAGGAAACUCAUAUACAGACCCCAGUAAUGCAAUACAGAUAACAGUGAAAAAGAGACCCAAACCUGUAGUGAAGGUGAAGCCUGAUGUCCGUGUGUUCAGAGGAGAGAGAGUCACUCUCACAUGUGACAUACAGGAGACAGGAGUCUGGACGUACAGCUGGUAUAAAGAUCAAGAUAACAGCAGAAGAACAGACCAGAUCUAUAUAAUCACAUCUGUGGAUUCGUCUCAUGCUGGUCUGUACAGAUGUAGAGGAACUCAGACUGAAACCCAACAGCACUCAAAGAUCAGUGAUGGAGUUACACUGACUGUAUCAGGUUUACCCACAUCUACAGUGACUGUGACACCAGCCGGUCCUGUAUUCACUGGAGAAACAGUCAAUCUGAAGUGUGUGAUAAACUCUUAUUACAGUAACUGGAGAUAUGAGUGGUAUAAAGUAAGAGGCCAAGACAGUGUAAUAUUACAGACGUCUGAUCGUUACACUGUAAACAGAGACACUGUCACUAUCAGAGGAGCUACUGGGUCUGAUCAGGGUCAGUACUGGUGUAAAGGACAGAGAGAUGGAAGACCAAACUCAUCAACAUCAAGAUCGGCUGUUUCUCUCUCUGUGAAGGGAAAACCUGUAGUGAAGGUGAAGCCAGAUCAGCCUGUGUUCAGAGGAGAGAGAGUCACUCUUACAUGUGACAUACAGGGAGGAGGAAACAUUCAGUGGAGAUACAGCUGGAUUAGAGAUGGACACACUGGCUAUCAAUAUACAACAACAACAGCAGAUUACAGUUUCACAGCUGAUGUGUCUCUCAGUGGUAAAUACAGAUGUAGAGGAGAGAGAUCAGACUCACACACAGAUAGUGAUGGAGUUACACUGACUGUAUCAGGUUUACCCACAUCUACAGUGACUGUGACACCAGCCGGUCCUGUAUUCACUGGAGAAACAGUCAAUCUGAAGUGUGUGAUAAAACCUUAUCACAGUAACUGGAGAUAUGAGUGGUAUAAAGACAGUGAAAAGUUACAGACGUCUGGUCGUUACACUGUAAACAGAGACACUGUCACUAUCAGUGGAGCUACUGAGUCUGAUCAGGGUCAGUACUGGUGUAAAGGACAGAGAGAUGGAAGACCAAACUCAUCAACAUCAAGAUCUGCUGUUUCUCUCUCUGUGAAGGGAAAACCUGUAGUGAAGGUGAAGCCAGAUCAGCCUGUGUUCAGUGGAGAGACAGUCACUCUCACAUGUGUCAUACAGGGAGGAGGAAACAUUCAGUGGAGAUACAGAUGGAUUAAAGAUGGAAACACUGGCUAUCCAUAUACAACAACACCAACAACAGCAGAUUACAGUUUCACAGCUGAUGCGUCUCACAGGGGUAAAUACAGUUGUAGAGGACAGAGAUCAGACUCACACACAGAGAUCAGUGAUGGAGUUACACUGACUGUAUCAGAUUUACCCACAUCUACAGUGACUGUGACACCAGCCGGUCCUGUAUUCACUGGAGAAACAGUCAAUCUGAAGUGUGUGAUAAAACCUUAUCACAGUAACUGGAGAUAUGAGUGGUAUAAAGACAGUGAAAAGUUACAGAAGUCUGGUCGUUACACUGUAAACAGAGACACUGUCACUAUCAGAAGAGCUACUGAGUCUGAUCAGGGUCAGUACUGGUGUAAAGGACAGAGAGAUGGAAGACCAAACUCAUCAACAUCAAGAUCUGCUGUUUCUCUCUCUGUGAAGGAUUUACCCACAUCUACAGUGACUGUGACACCAGCCGGUCCUGUCUUCACUGGAGAAACAGUCAAUCUGAAGUGUGUGAUAAACUCUGAUCAGAGUAACUGGAGAUAUGAGUGGUAUAAAGACAGUGAAAAGUUACAGAAGUCUGGUCGUUACACUGUAAACAGAGACACUGUCACUAUCAGAGGAGCUACUGAGUCUGAUCAGGGUCAGUACUGGUGUAAAGGACAGAGAGAUGGAAGACCAAACUCAUCAACAUCAAGCUCUGCUGUUUCUCUCUCUGUGAAGGGUUUACCCACAUCUACAGUGACUGUGACACCAGCCGGUCCUGUAUUCACUGGAGAAACAGUCAAACUGAAGUGUGUGAUAAACUCUGAUCACAGUGACUGGAGAUAUGAGUGGUAUAAAGACAGUGUAAUAUUACAGAAGUCUGAUCGUUACACUGUAAACAGAGACACUGUCACUAUCAGAGGAGCUACUGAGUCUGAUCAGGGUCAGUACUGGUGUAAAGGACAGAGAGAUGGAAGACCAAACUCAUCAACAUCAAGAUCUGCUGUUUCUCUCUCUGUGAAGGGUUUACCCACAUCUACAGUGACUGUGACACCAGCCGGUCCUGUAUUCACUGGAGAAACAGUCAAUCUGAAGUGUGUGAUAAACUCUGAUCACAGUAACUGGAGAUAUGAGUGGUAUAAAGACAGUGUAAAGUUACAGACGUCAGAUUAUCGUUACACUGUAAACAGAGACACUGUCACUAUCAGAGGAGCUACUGAGUCUGAUCAGGGUCAGUACUGGUGUAAAGGACGGAGAGAUGGAAGACCAAACUCAUCAACAUCAAGAUCUGCUGUUUCUCUCUCUGUGAAGGGUUUACCCACAUCUACAGUGACUGUGACACCAGCCGGUCCUGUAUUCACUGGAGAAACAGUCAAUCUGAAGUGUGAGAUAAACUCUGAUCACAGUGGCUGGACAUAUGAGUGGUGGUAUAAAGUAAAAGGCAAAGGCAGUGUAAUAUUACAGAAGUCUGAUCGUUACACUGUAAACAGAGACACUGUCACUAUCAGAGGAGCUACUGAGUCUGAUCAGGGUUGGUACGAGUGUAAAGGACACAUAUAUGGAAGACCAAACUCAUCAACAUCAAGCUCUGUUUAUCUCUCUGUGAAGGGUUUACCCACAUCUACAGUGACUGUGACACCAGCCGAUCCUGUAUUCACUGGAGAAACAGUCAAUCUGAAGUGUGUGAUAAACUCUAAUCACAGUAACUGGAGAUAUGAGUGGUAUAAAGGCAGUGUAAAGUUACAGACGUCUGGCCGUUACACUGUAAACAGAGACACUGUCACUAUCAGAGGAGCUACUGGGUCUGAUCAGGGUUGGUACGAGUGUAAAGGACAGAUAUAUGGAAGACCAAACUCAUCAACAUCAAGCUCUGUUUAUCUCUCUGUGAAGGGUUUACCCACAUCUACAGUGACUGUGACACCAGCCGGUCCUGUAUUCACUGGAGAAACAGUCAAUCUGAAUUGUGGGAUAAACUCUUAUUACAGUGACUGGACAUAUGAGUGGUGGUAUAAAGUAAAAGGCAAAGACCGUGUAAAGUUACAGACGUCUGAUCAUUACACUGUAGACACAGACACUGUCACUAUCAGAGGAGCUACUGAGUCUGAUCAGGGUUGGUACGAGUGUAAAGGACAGAGAGAUGGAAGACCAAACUCAUCAACAUCAAGCUCUGUUUCUCUCUCUGUGAAGGGAAAACCUGUAGUGAAUGUGAAGCCAGAUCAGCGUGUGUUCAGUGGAGAGAGAGUCACUCUCACAUGUGUCAUACAGGGAGGAGGAAACAUUCAGUGGAGAUACAGCUGGAUUAAAGAUGGAAACACUGACUAUCCAUUUAUAACAACAACAGCAUCAGAGAUCAGUUUCGCAGCUGAUGAGUCUCUCAGGGGUGAAUACAGAUGUAGAGGAAAGAGAUCAGACUCACACACAGACUUCAGUGAUGGAGUUACACUGACUGUAUCAGGUUUACCCACAUCUACAGUGACUGUGACACCAGCCAGUCCUGUAUUCACUGGAGAAACAGUCAAACUGAAGUGUGUGAUAAAUUAUUACAGUAACUGGAGAUAUGAGUGGUAUAAAGACAGUAAAAAGUUACAGACGUCAGAUUAUCGUUACACUGUAAACAGAGACACUCUCACUAUCAGAGGAGCUACUGAGUCUGAUCAGGGUCAGUACUGGUGUAAAGGACAGAGAGGUGGAAGACCAAAGUCAUCAACAUCAAGCUCUGCUGUUUAUCUCUCUGUGAAGGGAAAACCUGUAGUGACGGUGAAGCCAGAUCAGCAUGUGUUCAGAGGAGAGACAGUCACUCUCACAUGUGACAUACAGGGAGGAGGAAACAUUCAGUGGAGAUACAGCUGGAUUAAAGAUGGACACACUGUCAAUCCAAAUACAACAACAACAGCAGAUUACAGUUUCACAGCUGAUGAGUUUCGCAGGGGUAAAUACAGUUGUAGAGGAGAGAGAUCAGACUCACACACAGACUUCAGUGAUGGAGUUACACUGACUGUAUCAGGUUUACCCACAUCUACAGUGACUGUGACACCAGCCGGUCCUGUAUUCACUGGAGAAACAGUCAAUCUGAAGUGUGGGAUAAAUUAUUACAGUGACUGGACAUAUGAGUGGUAUAAAGACAGUGUAAAGUUACAGAAGUCUGGUCGUUACACUGUAGACAGAGACACUGUCACUAUCAGAGGAGCUACUGGGUCUGAUCAGGGUCAGUACGGGUGUAAAGGACAGAGAGAUGGAAGACCAAACUCAUCAACAUCAAGAUCUGCUGUUUCUCUCUCUGUGAAGGAUCUACAGCCGAAGCCUGAACUCACAUCAGAUCCUGCAGGAGCUGCACUGACUGGAAACACAGUGACUUUGACCUGUCGCAUGAAUCUAACCAGAGACUGGGACAUUUACUGGUACAAACACACACUGAACCCCGAGACAGAGAAGACACAAACACACUCCUACAGCCUGAAGAUUGAUUCAGUGUCUGAUGGAGGCCAGUACUGGUGUAGAGCUGGAAGAGGGGAACCAGUCUAUUACACACAAUACAGUGAUGCACUGUGGGUAAAUGUUACAGUGAGUCCUAAAGCUGUGGUGACGGUACGACCUGAUGAACGAGUGUUUAGAGGAGAAACAGUCACUCUCAGAUGUGAUAUAAAGUGGGCAGGAGACACUGAGUGGACAUACAGAUGGGAAAUAGAGGGAACCAACAACUGGGAUAGAAACUCUGCCAGUCGAUGUACAGAACAACACUGCUGCACUGGAGCUGAUAAACAGACACACAGAAAUGCUGUCAGUCGGUGCUCAACACAAGAGUUGAUCAUCAGCAGUGUCGAUCUCUUUCACAGCGGUGAAUACAGUUGUACAGGACUGAUACACACUCACAGCUCUCAGCGCAGUGAUGCUGUUACACUGACUGUCUCAGCUGAAGCUCAGGCAUCACUGCGAGUGUCUCCACAGCCGUGGCUGACUGAAGGAGAAUCAGUGACUCUGAUCUGUGAGGUUUCAGGCUCCUCUACAGGCUGGACGUUCAGCUGGUUCAGAGAUCAUGAUCAUCUGUCAGACAGCAGCAGAGGAGCUGGAGGAUCUUACACUCUCAGUCCUGCUGCUCUACAGCACACAGGAGUUUAUACGUGCAGAGCAGAGAGAGGACGACCAGCCUAUUACACACACAACAGCAGCUCACACACACUGUGGCUCACUGGAGUUUCUGCUUCAGUGUCUCUGGUCAUCGAUCCCAGCAGAAGUCAACACUUCUCAUCUCAGUCUCUCUCUCUGAGCUGUGUGGAUCAGAGUAACUCUGCUGGAUGGACAGUGAGAAGAUACACAGACACACACACACGAACCUGUGCCAAACAAACAGGAUCUGGAUGUGUAAUCGACUCUCUCAGCACAUCUGACUCUGGAGUGUACUGGUGUGAGUCUGAAUCUGGACAGAAACGCCGUCCUCGAAACAUCACUGUACACGACGGUGAGGUGAUUCUGGCGAGUUCUGUUGAUCCUGUGAUUGAGGAAGAGACUCUGACUCUACACUGUUUACAUCGAUCUACAAACUCCCCGAUCUCCAGCGCUGAUUUCUAUAAAGACGGAUCACUGAUCCAGAAUCAGACGACAGGAGAGAUGAGCAUCACUACUGUCUCAAAGUCACAUGAGGGUUUCUACUCCUGUAAAACAGAGAGAGGACAGUCUCUCCACAGCUGGAUCUCAGUCACAGUCUCAACAGCUUCAUCUUUUUAUCUGGCCGUUGGUGUGUGUGUAGGAUCGAGUGUUUGCUUGUUGUUCUUCAUCUCACUGGUUCUGCUGUGCAGACACAAACACAAAAAAGAUCAGCAGAUUCAACAGACAUCAGACCCGAAUCCAUCCAGAGAAUCUCUACCGUUAAACUCUCGCCUAAAAUCUGCAGAUUCUGAUCACAUUUAUGAUGACGUGGUUUCAGUGAAUAAGAGAGACAAAGAGCCGCUGGAAGACGUCACAUAUUCAGAGGUCACUGUUAAGAAAAACAUAUCAGUGGAUAAAGAUGAACCAAUGGCAGAGUCAGAUAAUGUGAUGUACUCAGAAGUGAAAACAAAAGGAAAGAAAUGCAAAAGCAAAGAUAUUAAUACUGCAGGACCCAGUGAUUUGACUUACGCACAGAUCAAUAUACAGGACAAAAAGAGUAAAGGCGCUGGACUCGCUGAUGUUCUGAUUGAAAUGAAAUCUAAGGAGAAACACAGAGGGAAGAGCAGCAAGCCUGAAGACACUUUAUACUCUGAAGUGAAGAUCAACACGGAUAGAGGUGCGGAUGCUGGAGUCGCUGAUGCAACUUAUGCUCAAGUUUUAAGGAAGAAAGAUCACAAAAACAAUAAAACACGUCCCUGAGAGCAGCGAAGAAAACAGACGACAAAGAGAAAGCGCAGAAGAAAUGAGUCUGAGUGAUGCUUAUGCUCAUGCUUGACUGAAAGAGAACGGCACUCCAUUAUCUGCACUCAUAUUAAUAAUAAUAAUAAUAAUACAUUUUAUUUGUAAGGCACUUUACAUUUGACACCAAAUCUCAAAGUGCUACAGUAAAACAGUGUUAAAAAUAGACAUAAGAAAUUCAGUAAUAAAAACAGAAUAUGUUAGAAAGAGGAAUUAAAAACAAGCAUUAGCUAUUAAAAUAAGCCUGUGUAAAAUUAUUAUAUAAGGAAAUGUAAAACAUGUUCUCUCUAGUGAUGCCAUUUUCUCUAUUUUUGAUGACAGUCUUACAUUCGAUUCUUUUGUACAUAUUUUUAAUCUCAGAAAUAUAGCCAGAUUGCGCCUACAUUUCUCUGUAGCUGAAAAGCGGAUGAACUCAUUUGUUGUCUCUCGGAUAGAUUACUGUAACGCCCUUUUAGCCAAAGUGUUAAAUCCACUUUAAAUAAGCAGUUCAAUUCUCCUCCGCCAGGAUCUGGACCAGUACGUGCAAACAUAUUACUCCUGUUGUGGCUCUCGCUCAGGUCCAGUGUCGCUUUUAAAAUGAUGAUGCUGGCAUUACAUGGCUUGGCUCCUCAUUGUUUAUCUGCAUUGUUAACCCAUUACAACCCAAAUCACAGACUCCUGGCGGUCUAAUUCGCUCACACUUCCACAAACCCGCUUAAAGGGUUCACCCAAAAAUGAAAAUUCUGUCAGUAUUUACUCACCCUCAUGU